AUGAACUCUCCACCUCCUCCUUCAGCCUCUUGCAUCAUCCGCGUGGAUCGACCAAGUUCAACAACAACUCGGAGUGUGGUUGAUCCGAAAGACCUCACCCAAGCCAUGUCUAAACUAAAAAAACCAUCCUCUCAACAUAUUGUUGAGUUUGAGGAACGAUACCAACAAGCCUUGCGAAUGCAACAAAAUGAAGAUGAAUGCGCUGCUCAUUUCAAUAGAAGAUUCUUUUUUGAUGAGGAAGCUCACAAAUGGACUCGAUUUGAAAUGAUACAUUACACCAAGAUGAUGAAAGAGAUGAAGCCUUUUCCUAAUCAAUUAAAGAUCCUCUCACUCAAUGUUUGGUUUGCAAACAUUUUACAACACAAACGAUAUGAAGCUCAAUUAGACUUUUUCGAGCAGAUAAAUCCCGAUGUAAUUUGCCUUCAAGAAGUGAUUCCUAAUUAUAUUGAAAACAACAUUACAAUAAGAGACUUUACUCGAAAUAAUUAUGUCAUUUCUGACAUGGAUGGAACCACCGUAGAUCCAUACGGAGUGAUGAUUUUAGUGAAGAAAACACUUCCAAUUCUUGACAUUAGAAUUACAUCCUUGACCACUAGAAUGGGAAGAAAGCUUAUUCAUGUCUCAUUUACCAAAGAACCCAUUCGUGAUGAAACCUUAAUGGAAAAAUACAUUGCAGAUGCCUCCAGAGGAUCAAGCAUUACUCAAUUAGAGACAAUAAUUCCAGCAUAUGCAGUCAUAGGAACUGUUCAUUUAGAAUCUUUAGCUUCUAAGGCAGCAAGAAAAACACAAUUAGAACAAAUUCAUCCCGUGUUUAGUCAAUACGCUUCAUCCUCUUUAAGAAUGCUCACGGGAGAUUUUAAUUUUGACAGUGAAUCGAUCGAAAAUCAAAACUUAACAAGUGGAAUAUUUAAGGACUACACCGAUAUUUGGCCUUCCUUGUAUCCACAACAGGUUUUAGAAGGAAAAACAUUUCCAUAUGGUCCCCACAGAAAAGGAGAUCGGUUAGAUCGAAUGGUCAUCAAGUCCACCUCGUACAAACCCCACAAAAUGGAAGUUUUCGGAAAAGUGCCACUCCCUUUAUCAAGCGAAGAACAAACAACACUAAGAGAAAAAUUCAAUAUGGAGAAGGUGUGUUUGAGUGAUCACUAUGGUAUUUAUUGUGAACUUCACAGCUAUUAA